AUGGGCUUGGAAAAGGUCAAGCACGUUGUGCUGGUGCUUUCCGGCAAAGGAGGCGUGGGCAAAUCUUCGGUGACGACUCAGCUGGCCCUGUCUCUGACGCUCGCCGGCCACUCGGUGGGAAUCCUCGAUGUCGACCUGACCGGCCCGUCUAUUCCGCGCAUGCUAUCGAUCGAGGCCUCCAAGGUCAAGCAGGUACCGGGAGGAUGGGCUCCAGUCCCCGUCCACGAGGCAGAGCCUGAAACCGGCUUGGGGAGUCUGCAUGCCAUGAGUCUAGGAUUCCUGUUGCCUCAAAGAGGCGACGCGGUGGUGUGGAGAGGUCCCAAGAAGACGGCCAUGAUUCGGCAGUUUCUCAAGGACGUGCUGUGGGACGACACCGACUACCUUCUCAUCGACACUCCUCCGGGCACCAGCGACGAGCACAUCUCACUGGCCGAAACGCUGCAGAAGGACGCCCGCCUAGGCCAGGUGGCUGGCGCGGUGGUUGUGACGACGCCCCAGGCAGUGGCCACGGCAGACGUGCGCAAGGAGCUCAACUUUUGCGUCAAGACGGGCAUCCGCGUGCUGGGGGUGGUGGAAAACAUGAGCGGCUUCGUCUGUCCGCACUGCUCCGAAUGCACCGACAUCUUCGGGUCCGGCGGCGGGCGGUCCAUGGCGGAGGAGUUCAAGGUGCCGUUCCUGGGAUCUGUGCCCAUUGACGCGCAGUUCAUCGCCCUCGUCGAGGAAGGCCAGCGGCCGCAUUAUCCAGCGGGAACGGUGGUGAAUGGCCUGGAUAUAUCAAGCGAUGAGAAGCUCGACAAGCCUGAGGACAAGGGCGAAGGAACGCUGGUGGACAAGUACAAGGACUGCUCGCUGUUCCACAUAUUCGUAGGCAUAACCUCGCAGCUCGAGGAGAAGGUUGCCGGAGUAGAAGUUACAUGA